UACUAACCGUCCUCUUAAAUUUCCCAAUCUAAUCUGAAGCUUCAUUUAAUCCAACCAUGGCAGAUCCAUGUUCCAAACUCUUGAGUACUGGAUGUUUCAAUUUCAUGCCCCUCAAUCCUCACUACUCUUAUUUCCUUUCUUACUCAAAUUCCAAUGCUAGUACUCCACCACCUGCUUUCACAAAUAACUUCAUCAUCAACAAGAAGUACUGUUGUAAUUAUUGUACUCAUCAAAAUCAACCUCAUCAUCCUUCUUCCUCAUCACCACCUGCCUCCAAAGAGGUUCUUCCCCUGAUCAACUAUUUGAGCCCCACCACAAGACAAGAAGACAAGGAAUCCUCAACUAGUUCCAUGGAAGAGGAGAAGAGCCAUUUUUCUGAUCAUGUCGCUGUUGCACUACAAAUUGGUCUUCCAAGCCCUAGUAGCUCUGAUCUGGUGGGAUCUAAGGUCUCCCCAUGUGCAGAUUUGGUGGAUAAGGAAGGAGAGAUGAGUAUGGUGAGUGCAAGUGCAAUUUCUGGGUACCCUUUGGAAAGGCGAAGCAAGGGACAGUAUUGGAUUCCUACUCCUACCCAGAUUCUCAUCGGUCCUACACAGUUUUCAUGUUCUGUUUGUUCCAAGACCUUCAACAGAUAUAACAAUCUUCAGAUGCAUAUGUGGGGACAUGGGUCUCAGUACAGAAAAGGACCUGAUUCUCUAAGAGGAACUCAACCAACAGCCAUGCUUAGGCUCCCAUGCUACUGCUGUGUACCAGGGUGCAAGCACAACAUUGAUCAUCCAAGAGCAAGACCGCUCAAAGAUUUUAGAACACUCCAAACACACUACAAGAGAAAGCAUGGAGUUAAGCGGUUUACCUGCAGAAAAUGUGGCAAGCCAUUUGCGGUGAAAGGAGACUGGAGAACCCAUGAGAAGAACUGUGGAAAGGUUUGGUAUUGUAUUUGUGGCUCUGAUUUUAAGCACAAGAGGUCUCUAAAGGACCACAUCAGGGCAUUUGGCCAGGGACAUGCAGGCGCCUUUUGGAGUGAUAAUAUUUACCUGGAAGCUGAAGAUGAUCAGGAACAGGGAUCUGAUGAAGUUGAGCUUGUUGAUGAGGCUCCCAUCUGGAAACAAUAACCUGCAGGUGUAAUUAAUUAAUUUUAUCAUCAGUUGGUUGGAUUAAGCUGGCCUUAAUUGGGUUUUCUCUAUAUGUCUAUAUUUAUAUAUAUAGUUCGUGACAGAUCAUAAAGUUAUUGCUUUUAUGUUUAAUGUUUUGCAUAUAUGCUUUGUGUCUCCAAUUCGAUUGCUUUGUUAUAUAUGUAGUUAGACCCAUUUUCUGUACCAUAAAUUCAUCCAUUUUUA